AAUUUAUUGAGACGCCGGCGCGGCUGUAUAUCCAAAAUGGCACAAACGCAAUUAACUCUCCUGCCGGCGGACAUCAUGGAGUCCCAAUUAUCUACAGUUGACCUCCUCACGGCCAUGUUCCCAUCUCCAGGAGAGCUUGAUAUUCCAGAAUCCACAACUCAAUGCAUUGAAAAACUACGAGAUUGGUGCCAAGAUCCAGCCUCGGAGCCUACAGGAAUCCCAACAAGUCUAUUGCUCGCUGUGUGUUUACCAAUUGCAGAUGGUGAGAAGAGGAUCCAAGUCAACAUCUCAAUUCCAUUGCAAUGCGAGGAUCCGGCGAUUGACCAGCCACCACCAAUAAAUUACUCGCUACGACAACCAGAAUGGAUGUCCAAAGCCGAGGUUGCUGGAUUAGUUGCCGUAAUGCCUCAGGAUGACCUAUUCGGUGCAUUCGAAUACAUCCAAGAAGAAGCCCUCCGCUUUUUUGAAACCCAGCAGCAAGCUUUGGCCUCCGAGACCGAGACCAUCACGAAUAAAAGUGGGCCAAUCGUAAGAGUAUGGUUCUAUUUCCCUUCCCUAUCAACUCGAGAAAAGAGGGAUGAUAUGGUCAACAACGCACCUGCCUAUUCUCUCACGGGGUUUGUGUUGGCGGGCAAGCCGGGCGUGUUGUGUCUGGAGGGUACGUCGGUGGAUAUUGAUGCUUAUAUGAGUUUUAUCAAGACACACUCGUGGGGGGAUAUCCCCAGUCAUCAGAAAAAGGUCAGCGAGAGGUUUCGCGAGACUGAUGUUCAGAGGGUAUUCACAAUGAUGAAGGAGAUUACGGAUUCUCUAGGUGAACGAGGUGGGAAGAGGGCCAAUAGGGGUGAUAUGCAGGCAUUGGAGGCAUGGUUACAUGAUAGAGGGUUGCGAGACGCAUUUGAGAAUGUGAUAUUCUAAGUGCGCGAGUCUUGAUGGAUAUAUCGUUCUGCUGUAAUUGGUAGAUAGUACUAAUUCUGUAUAGAAAACACAACGGUACAAGUCCCUUUCUUUGACGCUGCCUUCUGGCAUAAAAUGCUGCCUUUCCAAAUUUCAAGCAGCAUAAGAAAAGG